AUGGACGAACAGAAAAGUGAGGACAUGGAGAAAAAGCCUUUUUCACAACUUCUGUUUUCAGGGCACAAGGCCCCGCCCCUCUGGCGGCGCAACCAUUUCCGGCUCGUCAGUGAGGUUCACGUGCCCCAUGAGGUGGACCAGAUCAAGGACCUCGAGAUCAGGGACUCCGAUGUGUUUGCUGUCACAUUCCCCAAAUCAGGGACCAUCUGGAUGCAGCAGAUCUUGCUGUUGCUCGAGUCCAAAGGCGACUUGAGGUCUGCCAAUAUGAGGACCAUAUAUACAAGCUCAGACGCAGUGGGUUGGAUUGAACUAAAAGGACAACCUGAGCGUUUCACCAGAGAAGAGUCCCCACGCAUGAGAGUAACACACCUGCCCUUCGAACUCAUGCCCACGGCGCUCACCCAAAGGAAGGGCAAGGUGAUCUAUGUGGCCAGAAAUCCCAAAGACAUUCUCGUGUCCUUCUACUAUUUCCACAAAAUCGCCAAGUUCCUGGAGACGCCCAAGAGUUUUGACGACUUUUUUGACAAGUUCAUGAACGGAGAAGUGCUGGGAGGAAGCUGGUUUGAACACAUUAAGUCUUGGUAUCUUCACAAAGAUGAAGUAAACAUGCUGUUCAUCACUUAUGAAGAAAUGAUCAUGGAUCUCACAUCUGCAGUGAAGAAGAUGGCGGACUUCCUGAGCAUUGAACUGACUGAGGAUGAGGUGCAGCAGGUGGUGAAGCACAGCACCUUUAAAAACAUGAAGGAAAUGUCAAAGGCAAACUACAAAAGGGCUCAUCCAAACCUGAUAGACCACAAAGAGGGCACCUUCAUGAGGAAAGGAACUAUUGGAGAUUGGAAGAACCACUUCACCGUCACCCAGAAUGAACGGUUUGACAAAGUCUUCGAACGAGAGAUGAAGGAUGUCCCUGUGUCGUUUAUCUGGGACAUCAGAGACACCUCUUAAUCUGUGACCUUUGACCUCAAAACCAGAGCAUCAUGAGAGAAAAA